AGUCAUUAAAAAACCAAUCAAAAAAUGACAAAUUUUAAAAACUUCCAACAAUUAUAAAUUGGGCAGCCUUCUCCUUGCAAACAUUUCAAACACUCACACUUCACAUUUUCCUCCCUAUACAAUCAAAAAAUUUCCCACCCUUCCCUUUUCUCUUUAAUUAAUACAAUACUUCAAAAUCAUAUAAUUAAUAUAUACUUACCAAUUCUUUUUCAUUUUUAUACUAGCUAUAUUUUAUUUUUUUAUAUAAAAAAAAUGGUUGGAAAAAUUAGCUCUGAUCUUCCUCCUGGAUUUAGGUUCCAUCCUACUGAUGAAGAAUUAAUCAUGUAUUAUCUUCGAUAUCAAGCUACAUCGAGGCCAUGCCCCGUUUCAAUUAUACCCGAAAUUGAUGUCUACAAGUUCGAUCCCUGGGAAUUACCUGAGAAAGCUGAAUUUGGAGAAAAUGAGUGGUAUUUUUUCACCCCUAGAGAUAGAAAAUAUCCAAAUGGUGUUAGGCCAAAUAGAGCAGCAGUGUCAGGUUAUUGGAAGGCAACAGGCACUGAUAAAGCAAUAUAUAGUGCAUCAAAAUAUGUUGGAGUUAAAAAAGCACUUGUUUUUUACAAAGGUAAACCUCCUAAAGGUGUCAAGACUGAUUGGAUCAUGCAUGAAUAUCGUUUGAGUGAAUCAAAGUCCCAAACUACUAAGCACAGUGGCUCUAUGAGGUUAGAUGAUUGGGUACUUUGUAGAAUUUAUAAGAAGAAGAAUUUGGGAAAAACUAUGGAAAUGAUGAAAGUUGAAGGAGAAGAAGAUGUAGUAGAAAGUCAUCAUCAAAUUGUGAGUACUUCAAAUAAUUCAAUUGAAGUUAUUGGUGGACCACAAACAAUGAAAUUACCAAGAAUUUGUUCAUUGUCACAUCUAUUGGAGUUGGAUUAUUUUGGAUCAAUUCCACAAUUACUAGGUGAUAAUAAUUCAUAUGACCAUGAUGACCAAAUUUACACAACGAACAAUAUUGUUAAUAACACAAAUAUGGAGAAAUUUCAGCUAGGGGGCCAAGUAUCAUCACAACAACAAAAUGCGAAUAAUAUUACAAGUAAUAAUUGUAAUAUUUAUUUCAAUUAUCAGCAGCCACUUUUUGUGAAUCCAGCAUUUCAAUUCCAGUGACAAUAAUAUUAUAUUAUAUGGAGGCUAGUUAUUGGAUGAAAAAUGUGACCAGCUAGCAGAAGUUUUCAACAAUUGUAAAAUAUAAUUGUUGUUAUAUAUUACUUGUAGAAUUUAGUUUCCCAGCUUGUGUAUGAAAUUGUAAUGAAUAUUUUAUCAGCAGUCUAUCUUUAUUUAAUUUUACAAUGAAAUGUCAAAUUGGAAUCUGGAAUCAAACUUCAA